CAUCAAACACCAUGAAGGAGUACACGACGGUCACGCAGGGCCGAUCGCGCCGAAGCAAUGCGGGUAAUCGCAUGCGCGAGCUCCUGGAGAAGGCCAAACAGGAAGACCAAGAGAAGGACGAACUGUUCGCUGAGGAGGCGGACGAUGGCGAGUUCCAGGAACCAGCUCCCAUUCGCGACGUGUUUCUGGACGAGUUUGCGGACACGGAUGACGAGGUAUCUGCCUCCGAUGAAGAUGAGGAGUCACGAUUGCGACGCGAGGAGCGCAGAGCUAAGAAGGGCAAGGGUGUGUUCAACCCGUUCGUCAAGAUCCACGGGCCUGGGCCUUCCGGCCCUCAACCUACAGCCGCCGAGCUAGCCUCCCUAGACCCAAGCAUCGACGUGAGCAAGAUGGCGCCCUCGACGCUCGUGCUGGAAUUGCGCAAGCAGAGGCGAGAAGCGAAGCGUCUGCACCGUUCCGAGGCGCGACGCUCCAACUUGCGCGCGUCCACCCUGCGCACAGAGGAGGAGGUCAUCGAGAGGGAAAAGGCCGAGAGGGUUGCCCUUGCUGCGAGUAGGAAAGGUCGCAAAGCGCAGCAUGAGACAGGCGAGGUGCGCGGCGCACGACCUAUGAGUCAAGCUGAGCUCAUUGCCGCUGCGCUCGAGGAAGAGGAGCGAAAUAAGGAGGCGCUCACGCAAUGGCUCAGGCGCGAGGAGGAGAGGCGAGAACUUCGACGUGUGGGGCGAAAGCGUGUUCGCGGCCCAAGGUGGACGUUCGUUUCCCGCACUGUGGGCAAGCUCGUCGAGGUCGUUGAGGACACAGCAGCAAAUACGCCGGGGGAGACGCCAGCAGAGACCCCAGCGGCAAACGAAACACCUGCCGAAACACCGGCAGUGACACCAGCAGCUGGUGAGGCAGCUGGCGAGAAGGACGUCGUAAAGGAAGCAAGUGGAGAAAAGGAAAUGGACGUUGACCUGGCUGUGGACGAGCCGAGCGACGCCACAUCUCAUACCUCUGGGGCACCUGCACCAGCUCCGAACGCCGAAGAUACGCCGUCGUCGGUUGCUCCGCCACCUCCGCUCGAAGGAGCCGCAUCAGCUGCCGCUGAGGAGGCGCCCGCACCGGCAGGGCCAUCGCAACCUCCAGCGCCGCCCUCCGGGAUGCCAACACAGCCUGCCCACACCACCGGCUUGGCAUCAGACGCUCGUCCCUCCGCGCCACAGCCCCCAGCCGCGACCAUCCCAACCGUCGUUCCCCCCGUGCCGCUGACCAAGUCCAUGACGCCAUCCACAUCUCUCGCCCCGGCUCCAAACACCGGCGGCGACGCCGACGCCGAUGCCGACGCCGCCCCCACGGGGCCCUACGAGCGGAACUAUCUCAUCCUCUCGCAGGUGCCCGGCGGCCUUCCCGCUGAGCUCCGCCUCAUCCUGGGCGACCACGUCGACUGGUCCGACGUCAGAGUCAUUCCGGCCCGAAAUCGGCCUAUCAACCGCAAACCGCCGACCGACCCUCUCACGGGCCAGCCGGCGCGCUACCGCCACCCAGAGAGCAUGGUGCCGUACGCGAGCGCGGAGAGCUAUCAGGUCCUCCAGGCGAUACUGGACAACCGCUACGUGUGGACCGAGGGCGGGUGGUGGGGCGGCGGAGAGGGAGACGUCGCUGCUGAGGGCGUGGAGGACAUCCCGGGGUGGCGCGAGGCGUGUGUGCGUGGAUGGGUUGCGGGGAAGCGGGUUGAGCGCGAGGCGAUAGAGGUUGAGGUGGAGGAGACCGAGGAGGCCGAGGGUGAAGGCGAAGAGGAGGUUGAGGGGGAGGAGGAGGUCGAGGAGGAAGUCGAGGAGGAGGAAGAGGUCGUCGGGAAGGGGAAAGGCAAGGCGCGGAGACCGGCCAAGUCUAAGGCUAGAAGCAAGAAGAAGGCGGCACCUAAGAAAGCCGCGAGCAAGGCGAAGGCGACUGCGCCGGCCACCGCUAAGAAGGCGAAGAGUAAGCGCAGACGGUAGAUGAGCAUGGAGAGUGUCUUGUAUCAACUUGUAUCUGUUGUACAUGUACAUAUUUACAACAUCGAUAAAUGUAUUGGCUACAGCUGAGG